AGGUGAGCCCUCCAAACUCGCAGUCGUCUAUCCACUAUUUCAUUCGCUUUCUGAGGGACUUUAAAGCCGUCUAUGUAGACAGGUCAUCCUAACUGGUAUCGGCUUUACUGGUAUUGACAUCGCGGUAAAUCCGACGAGCCCAAGAUGGCUCCAUCGGCGGCUUCGAACCCCGGAGAUUUCGACGAGUCGCUGGUCCCCGGGACGGUCCACCUGGUCGACCUUGAGCACACGAUGGCGACGCGACAUGCUGAGGACCAGAGGGAUAUUGUGCUCGUGCCGACCCCGUCCGCAGACCCAAACGACCCGUUGAACUGGGCUCCCCGACGCAAGUACCUAGCCUUAACUUGCGCUCUCCUGUAUACCUGGUUUAACGGCAUGGCGCUGUCGGUCGUCUAUUCAGUACUCGUGCCUCUUUCCACGGCCCUAUCCGUAAGCGAGGGGGACCUUAAUGCUGGGACGGGCUAUAUGUUCUUGCUCUUAGGUUGGGGCCUGCUUUUUUGGCAGCCAUUUGCGCUGCAGUUUGGAAAGCGGUUGACGUACUUAGUUUCUCUCCUCGCGCUCACGGCCGUCACGGUCUGGGGGCCUUUUGCGCGCGGCAACAGCCAGUGGAUCGCGAAUCGCGUUCUGACGGGCUUCUUUGCAGUCCCUAUCGAGGCUUUGCCUGAAACUAGCAUUGCGGACCUCUUUUUCGCCCACGAGAGGGGAACGUAUUUGGGUUGGUACGCAUUCACGUUGACUGGCAGUAACUUUUUCGCCCCCGUCAUCUGUGGCUUCAUCAAUGACGGGGUUGGCUAUCGGUGGGUUUUUUAUUUUCAGGCCAUCUUUUGCGGCGCCACUUGGCUAUUUCUAUUCUUCUUCAUGGAGGAGACGAAUUACGACCGACGUACUAUCGGCAUCGUCGCCGAGUCUAGCCGUGGAGUACUCGAGCCGAACCCGGAUGAUGAGAAGAACAAGGAGACCUCGAUGGAUCCGCCCGGCGCCGUUAGGCGGGUUCCUUCUUCAGAGGGCCAGCCGUCAGCUGAGACGAAGACGUUCUGGCAAAGAUUGUCCAUCGUGGAUCAGCCGCGGCCGUUCAUGAUGCACUACCGCGCGUGGCAAUCUCUCAAACUCUUGUCGUGGCCCGUAGUGUUCUAUUCGGGAUUCAGCUACGGCACGUACCUCAUCUACUUUAAUAUUCUCAACGCUACGAGUUCUAUCAUCCUAGGUGGGCCACCUUAUAAUUUCCGCCCGUCCCUUGUCGGUCUGAGUUAUCUCUCCUGCAUGGUAGGAGUUUCCGCCGCCGCGGCUUUCACGGGUGUAUUUUCGGAUCGCUUCAUCAUUCGAUUAGCGCGUAGAAACAACGGUGUUUCGGAGCCUGAGCAUCGACUCUGGCUCUUCUCCGUUUCGACGCUGAUGAUCCCGGCUUCGCUUAUCCUCUGGGGUGUCGGGGCCGCCCACCAGGUGCACUGGUUCGGUCUUAUCGUCGCCAUGUGCACUACAGCGUUCGCCAACACGAUGGGCGUUACUCUCAGCGUUUCGUACUUGAUCGAUACGUAUCGAGAUAUCUCGGGCGAUGCGUUGACUACGUGCAUUCUCAUUCGUAACACGAUGAGCUUCGCUAUCGGGUAUGGAAUCACGCCCUGGCUCAACCGCUUAGGAUACCAGAAUUGUUUCGUCAGCGCAGCUUUCAUCGGAUUAGCUAUCUGCUCCGUCUUCCUAGUGAUGGUCAAGUGGGGUAAGAAGUUUAGGGAAACGAAACGCCUCGACUAUUGGCGCGAGGUUGAGAAGAGGAUCGAUCUUGGGCUAGUUCACUAACAUAUUCCCACCGAGAGCUUCAUGUUCUGAAUAUCAAACUAUUAUUUAUCUUAGAUACCUAAGCUACCUACCUACCUAAUGUACUAUCUGAUGCUUAGUAUGGUAUCAAAGCGUCAUUUCUUCUCGCCUACCGAGUUCACUACUGCUACCACAAAUCUUUUAAUAGGUCGGACGUAACAGGUAGCUAGGUGGUUUCUUGAUUUAGGUGCUGUUGGGGCAUAGAUGAUAACGCUUGUAUUGCGGAACAGACUAGACUUUAUGAGAGGCAUUGACUUUCAUAAGACAUUCCUCUAAUCGCUCUAGGUUAUCUCUUUGUUUUCUCAACAUUAUAUAGGCUAGA